ACCCGGGACAGAUGUGGUUUGGUUUCAUGGACCAGGUAAUCCACGCAGGUCUCGCUGUGCUGUAGCAUCACAUGCAUUUACCAGCAUCGUGGACGCCCACUACACGAGUGACCUGGAUGUGAAAGUGGGUGAAUGCUUUUGUUUUGACAGACCAUGACGAGGCUGCCAUAUAAACAGGGAAUGGGUGCCGCCGCAGCAGCACUACACAGUUAGCUCACUCACUCCAUCUAGCUGUUCGCCAUUUCCCUUUCUGUCUUUUUUUCCCCUUUUUCCCUCACGAACACAUGCAUUGUAUAGACGUGAGUGACUCGGAGGUUCAUUUUAGAGCCACUGAAACCGCUGUCUUACUUCGGGCAGAAUGGAGAACAGACGCGGAGAGAAGCAGGAAACAAUGUUGUUGUUAGCCAGUUAGCUAAUGUUACCCCUGCUAGCUGUUGGCUAACCGUAACUACAUCAAAUUAGUGGGCUGAGUUAGCUCUCCUAACUCAGCCCACUAAUUUAAAUAGACACAGCUUCGUGCUUUAUUUGCUAUCUUCUCUUUAUGUGUAAUGUAUUUACUUAGCGGCAGGUUUUCCCACUGACACUCAAUAGGUGUUCCUAUAAACGAACGAACUAACUAGCUAAGCUAACAGGCAGCUGUGUGGAUCAGCGCUGUCAGGCGGUUUCACGAGAAUCUGUUCUCGGAUUUAGCAAAAAUUCAGUUGAACUAUUGUUUGUCAGCGACAGCCAUGGCAAACGAAGCCUUCCCCUUGCAUCUUUUGGUCUGGAACAAUCAGUAUCUGGAGCUCGAUAGAGAACUGCAAAAGAAAGAGCAGGAUGCGGCUCGCCUGGAUCCGAGGGGGCGCACCCCGCUGGAGUUAGCCGUGUGCCUGGGCCACCUGGAGUCAGCCCGUGUGCUGCUCAGACACGCUGCAGACCCGACACACUGUAACGCACAGGGGUGGACCAUCUUGCAGGAGGCUGUGAGCACUGGGGAUCCUGAGCUUGUUCAGCUGGUGCUUCAAUACAGAGACUUCAAGCGUGCCACUGAGAGACUGGCAGGAAUCCCAGAGCUGCUCAACAAACUAAGACAGGCUCGGGACUUCUAUGUGGAGAUGAAGUGGGAGUUCACUAGUUGGGUGCCCUUGGUGUCAAAGGUGUGUCCCAGUGAUGUCUACCGGGUGUGGAAGAGCGGAUCAUGCCUCCGCGUGGACACCACGCUCCUUGGUUUCGAACACAUGACGUGGCUCAAAGGGCGACGCAGCUACAUCUUCAAGGGUGGAGAUGACGGGGCGGUGGUGAUGGAGGUGGACCACGAGAAGCAGGUUGUGUACACAGAGCCACUUGUGUUAUCUCCUCGUGACGCGCCCUCCCUCCUGGCAGCCAUGCAGCCGUCACAGGAGAACACAGCACAGAGACUGACGUCGCCCAUUGUCUCCACGCACCUUAACACACGCAACAUUGCCUUUGAACGAAACAAGUCCGGUAUCUGGGGCUGGCGUUCUGAGAAGAGCGAGGUGGUCAGUGGAUAUGAAGCCAAGGUUUACAGUGCAACCAACGUGGAGCUGGUGACUCGUUCGAGGACAGAGCAUCUCUCCGACCAGGACAAGUCAAGAAGCAAAGGCUCAAAGACGCCUCUACAGUCCUUCUUGGGGAUUGCCGAGCAGCACACAGCUCACAACGGGAGUAACGUGUCCCAGUGUGCCAGUCCGCACAACCCCACAGCUAUCACAGCUGAGGAAUACUUCAACCCAGAGUUUAACCUGAAUAGCCGAGACAUUGGACGUCCCGUCGAGCUCACCAGCAAAGUCCAGAGGUUUAAAGCGACCCUGUGGCUGAGUGAGAGUCACCCUCUGUCCCUGGCUGAGCAGGUGACGCCCAUCAUCGACCUCAUGGCCAUCUCCAACGCCCACUUCGCCAAGUUGCGUGACUUCAUAACCCUUCGCCUGCCGCCGGGCUUUCCUGUCAAGAUAGAGAUUCCCCUGUUUCACGUGUUGAAUGCCAGAGUGACAUUCAGUAACCUGUGUGGCUGUGAUGAGCCGGUCAGCUCGGUGACGGUGCACAAUCCAGAGAGCUCCGGAGAAGCUGGUCAGUCUCCACCUCCCUUCCACUGUGAGGUGGACCCCUCAGUGUUUGAGCCUCCCCCCGACUACACCACCCUUGGUCCGGGCCGCAGUGAGCCUAUGAGGGACGAGGACGACAACCUGCUGCAGUUCGCCAUCCAACAGAGUCUGCUGGAUGCCGGCACUGAGAGUGACCAGGUGACUAUCUGGGAGGCUUUGACUAACACCCGCCCAGUGCCACAGUCUCCACUGUACGAGGAAGACUCCCAGCUGGAGAGAGCGAUCCAGGAGUCUCUGUCCAUCUCACUGGUCAGCAGAGAGGGAGAAGACAUGGCUGACCCCAACCUGCCCUCCUCUGUCUCACCUUUGGAGCCCACCGCCAAUUCCCCACUCUCCUUCAGCACGGUAACCAAUCCGCAGUUGUCUGGAGACUUUGGCAUGGGGACGAGCUUCGACGAGCAGCUGCGCAUCGCCAUGGAGCUGUCGUGCAGGGAGCAGGAGGAGCUGGACAGGAAGCAGAAGAAGGAAGAGGAGGAGUUGGAGCGGAUCCUCCAGCUGUCGCUCACUGAGAAGUAACGUCACAACAACAACAACAACCGCCGCAGCAGUGGAGGCUGGUUGUUGUGAUCGAGGAGCGAUCCUCUUAAUUUAUUCAGUUUCUUGUUUUAUUUUUUUAAAAUCCUGAGAUGUUAAGUUAUUGCAGAUAUUUUUAUUUUGUCCUCUCACACAGGAAAGGCUGCUACACGAGAGAUGUACAAGGUUGAGAAUAUAAGAAAUUAACGAGUGAGAGGGAUUUUAACAAAAAGAAGAGGCACUGUACUCUUGAAACGAAAGGGAGUCUUUGUUUUUCCUUUUUUAUUGAAGAUUUUUCACAGUCUUGCUGUCUUUACCGAGUGAUGAAUGAUCCUUAAACUUUUAAACCUAUAACAUGAUCCAUGAAAACACAAUCUCAAUGGAAAACAAAAAAACUAUAAAAGAAUAAUUAUAAUAUUUAAAAUGUUUAUGUUGGAUUACUCCUGUGUGUGGAAAAAAAUAAAGAAUAAUGAGUAUCCUGAA